AUGGAUAGAGGAGUUGUUGUGAUACGUGAAGAGAGACGUGAAGAAGAGAGACGUCGACUUAUCGCUCGUUUCAUCGUCGCGGUGUUGCUUGACGUUUUCACAGGCGUCUGCAAGAAGACAGGACACGUGGCGCAUCCAUGGGCGUUGGAGUUGAACCUGUGGGCGCAUCUGUGUUUUACGCUUGUGACUGCCAUGAUCACUUUUGCUCCGACGACGGUGGUUGAACUGAUGAGAAAGAUACGAGAAGAAUGCGACAAGCUGAUUCUCUUGGGAUUUCUAUGUUUGAUGGCCUCUCUCUCCUUCUCUGCUUGUCUCGGGCUAGGCUUGUUCGUCGACGUCUGA